AUGGACAACUCGGUCGACUCUCUCCUCGCCCUCCUCCGCUCGACCCAAGACGGACCUCCUCCUUCCCAGCCAACCACUUCCAACAACAACACAUCCAAUACCCGCCAAGUCCCUUCAUCGUCUCAGCUCAGCGACCUCCUCACUUCUCUCAAUGCCCGGCCGCCGCCCAGGCCGCCAAAGCAAGGCGGAGCAGAUCAAGCGCAAGGGCGAGCCAGGAAGGACAUCUUAGAGCCCUUUGGUCCGGUAGGCGUGUCUGCUAGGCCAUCAGUAUCACCGGUGAAGAGGAGCAGGGAAGAUACCGGUCGUGGAGGGGCCGAGGAGGAAGGGUCUUUUGGGCGAGUGAGGCAAGUGAGCAGAGGGGAGAGCUUUGAUGGUGGGCAAGUCAAGAGCGCGAGAGUGGAGGAGCCGGCAUCGGAAGAGAUGUCUUUUGGAAAGGCUCUGCCUAUCAUAACACGACUAUUAGAGGAUGACAAUCUCAAGAACGAGUUGCGAAAGAUGAAACAGGAUCAAGACUCUCUUGAGAGACGUUUAUGGGCCAAACAAGAAAAGCUCAAGGGGGACCAUGAAAGGCAGACUAAAGCCGAAAGAGAAAUAGCGAAGAUUGCUCGGAAGCCAAUACCUCCGGAGAAGACCAAACAAUGGUCUAGAUCCCUUUCAACAGCACUCUCGACAUUCUACACCCGGCAAUGUAUACCCUCCAUCGACGGCCUUGCUCUACGGCAGCGUCAGCGUCUGAAAGAGCUGGGUGUUCCGGGGCUGGGCCGAGAAGAUGGCGUGGUGGAUGAGAAGGUGAAGCAGAGGAUAAAGAGGAUCAUGGAGGUGCUUGAAGGUAGUUUGGAGGAUUGA